AUGGAAUCAUGUCUGCAAUUUGAGCGUGUUGAGAGACUGCGGGCAGCCUCGUGGACUGCCGACCUUUGUGACGAAUCAUUGCCAAUGACGAAAUCCUCCUCCCGCCUUUGAAUGCACUCCUGGCAAUCAUGUCAACUCCGAGUGUUCUCCCCCCAAGCCCACCAUCCACAUCUUCACGAAGAAAACUCUCGCUUCUCAAGUCCCUCGUCAAGACUACAGGGUCACCAGAAUCCCCGGCCUCAUUUCCUGGUUCGUCCAAUUCAGGAUCCCGCAAACGCGUCGUAUUCUCGCCCUGGACGAGCGCUCACGAGUCCGCGUAUCUCCACCAACAAUCUUCUAGUGUCCCUCAAGUCAAAUCGCUUCCACCUUCUUCCGAAUGUCAGUCGUCGCUGAAAUCAAUUCUUAAGCCUCUCGCCGUGGAAGAAAAGCUCCUGCAGUCUACGGAUGGUCAGCAAGACCAGGACCGUUCAAUGAGCGAGAUGAUGGAGAGCAUUGUGAAUCAGUUGUUCCAGGACGAUAGAGCGCUUUCUGUUGAUGCCUAUCGGACCCUUGCCUCGGUCAUCCGAGAGUAUGAUGAUAUACCAGAAGAAGCUGUACUGAAGAGCAAGAUCAACACCAUCCUCAAGUACAUCAAAAGAGAUUUGCUCAGACAGGUCAAGCCGGAUGAACCACAUAUUGCGGACACCAACCUGAUGACACAAGCGUUGAAGGUGCUUGUCAUCUUUGUCUGGAGUCGAGAGUAUUCGUCAUUGAUGUCGGACGAACAUCGUGUAUUCAUUUUGGAUCGGUCCAUACACGUCGUUGCUGAGCAUACGGCCCCGAAAAGCGUCAUCAUCCAUUAUAUGCAUCUACUGGCAACACAGGACUUUCGCCACGGCCUGCUCAAUUCUAGCAACCGUGUCCCACGGCUUUUAGAGGCACUGAAAGCACUCCCCGAACAUGUCAAAGGAAAUGGGAUUCUGUCCGAAAGAUUACUGGUCUACCAGAAGUUACUUGAGCAAGCCAGAGCUGUGAUGAAGGCAAAGGCAAACCUUUGGACCGAAGAACUUCUAAUAGGCAUGACGCAUCCACUGAAAGACAUCCGCGACAAAGCCAUGAGCUUGGGCUUGAAAGCCUGCGUUGUGUUUCCUGCAUCGUCAUCUAUUGCUUCAGUGGCCAGAUCAGUGCUGGAACGAGAGCUGGAGCCCGGACGAACUUUCAGCUCAGCCAUGUGUCGGAGACUUGAGAAGAUGAUCUCGACGAAAGAGGAAGUCGCCCAAGUACCGCAGAUAUGGGCUAUCGUCAUCUUGUUAAGCAAUGGCUUCGAUACUCGUGUCGAUAAUUGGGCAGAAAUGAAAGACUGGCUCAAAGUCAUCCAAAGAUGCUUCAACUGCAGCGAGUCCGCCGUAAGGCAGCAAUCGAUUGCGGCAUGGAAUCGCCUAGUCUACGUAGUUCGCCCACACGAAGCGUCGGACACUUUCACGGCGAUGCUUGCAAAGCCCUUGGUUGUUCAGUUGGAGCGAUCAGGGUCAGACAAAGGUGUCAAAAACACUCGAACUACAGCUGUUUCCAGUUAUUGCAAUCUGCUGUACUAUGCGUUCCGACCAGCUGCAACCCACAAGCAAUAUACUCGGGUUUGGAACGAAUACAUUGUCAAGGUGAUGAGGAGCUCUUUCUUUGACAAGAACAGCGCAAAUUCUGACCUUGCUUGCCGCGUCCUCAUUGCGCUCUUGUGGAACUCACAUAAAAGCACCAAAGUCUGGAAUGAGAAUCGAGCUCUCGAAAACACUCCCGUCGAGCCCGAGGAACUUCCAACAAUUGACUGCAAAUGGGUACGAGCCAGAAGCAUGGCCAUUGUCGAAAUGUUUCGCGUGCUGUUACGAUACAGCUCAUGGGGAGGAUCUGGACAAUCGGACAGAGCCUACAUCGCAAUUGCUUGGACGCAUUUUCUCAAGGCUCUCCGCGAAUCAAGCAGCAAGGAGGUCAAGGCUUCUUCUGAGACUAAGAAAGCCACUGCCGUCGUUGCCGACUUCCUGGCAUCCUUAUGGGCAGAAAACAUCAAGCAACAGACCGCGGACCACUCGCUCAGCGAUCCGCAGCUACGCCAGAUGACACGAAGUGCUAUCCUUGAGUUGGGCACCAGCUCAAUCGCCAAUGCACUGGGAGAUCUCAUCGUUGGAAGGGGCACACCAUCACUUCUUGCAGAGAUAUUCCUCGCUAUCAUUGCAGAGUUGAAGGAGAUGAAAGACGAUGGCGAAUUCCGGUCGCAUAUCCAGAGCUCCAAAAUCGGCAUGCAGGCUCUGAUGGUACCGUAUAACAAGUGCCUGGCGCUGUUGAAUACCUCGAUGCUCCAUCAAAUGCAACUGGAAUCAGCCCAAGACUUCAUCUUUUGGGCCGAGUUGAUCAAGACGAUUGUACUCGUUUUGACGAAUGCGCCUGAGCAAGAAGUUGUGCAGACCUUCAAAUCCCUAACUCCAUCCUUGGUACUAUUGCUGAAGGACGAAAAGCACCAAUUCGAUAACUCAGGGGACCUUCAUUUCGCUCGAGCAUACCGUACCUUUACGAAGACCACCGCAAGCACCCUUACCAGGGUUCCACCCACAGCAGUGGCUGAACUGGACGAGGUAUUUGCGUCUUUCUUUGGAAGCACCAAUGAUAGCGUGCUGGAGGGAGCUGGAGAGAUAUGGGACAAAUACUUUGUCAUUCACGAAAAUAUCACGCUCGGGUCGCGUCUCUCGAACGCCAUCGACAGGCUUGCGGAGCCCAUGGGUAGGGAAUCGGCUGAAGCGCAGCGAGUUGAAGACUACCAUCAGCAUGCACCAUCACCAUCCCGUGCCAGUAAAAUCAAAGAGGAUGCCGCGCCAGUACGCAAUGGUUGCCCCACGCCAGAGAAGAUGGAAGCAAUGUGUGGACCAUCGCCAAUUCUGGGAAGCCAGGGUUACAAACAAGUGGUGACUGAAGACCACCUCAUGGUGCAGUCAAGCCCGUCAAGGCCAUCUUCCAGACCCAGAUCAAGACACGACGACUCACAAAUCGAUUUCGUACCAAUCGAAUCCUCUCCACCUGCAGACAAUGACCCAGACUCUCAAUUCCUAACGGCUCAUCAGAAAGAAGUUCGAGACAGACAACGGUCAGAGCCUGCUGUUGUGUUCCCAGAUUUAAGGUCUAGUCCAAGACAACAUAGCAAGUCGUUCAGUCAUGGAGAUUGUGAGUUUGCCAGAAAAGUAGCUGCAUUAGAAGAACGACCAUCGACGCCCACUCUGCCGACAUCUCAUGAUCAAGAGGCAGAGAUCACGGCAUCUCCCACGCCGCGGGCUCGACAUUCUACAAAGACUAUCACAGAUAUUGAAGUGCCUUCGUCGCCACCUUCGAUGGUGGAUCAUGCUGGCGACAACGGCGCAUCUCCACUUCCAACUCCUACAGAAGAAUCAAAUAUGGCAAUCAAUCUUGUAUUGCAGCCAGACGUGACUCUGGAGUCAUCGACCAUCGAGAAAGAUCAGAUUCCGGCCGAGGAUACAGUAGCCGAAGAGCCAAGAACUUGCGCGCCGGUUGCGGUUGAUGCUGAGGGUCCUCGUAACCACAUCGAUUCAAGCAAUGUCCAGCCGCAAGUCGACCAGUCUACUGAAGCACCUCAACCCGUCGAGUCCGAGGAGUACCCCCCUUCUACGGUCGAUGAGACCUUGUUGAAUGUGGAUGAUGAAGAGGUAGAUGCCAGGACAGCUGGAAAUCCAGGAACCGAUAGUGAUGAUAUCGAUAUGCUCAGUGCGUCACAAUUGUCUCAAGAUCUUGACCGACACCUCAGCCAGGUUGUCGAAGAUGCCAGCCUCGAAGUGAUGGAGCUAAACCAAUUGCAAGAUGAGGAGCCUGCAUUGCAAAGCAAGCCGCAGCGCAGCACUCGCAAACGCAAAGCUAUCGAUUACACACUUACAAGAUCUAAAAGAAGAAGGUCGAAGUUGUCGUCUCAACCGUCCUCCGGAUCGGUCAAUUCCCAACAGACAGUGCUGGAAGCCUCGAAUGAGAACGAUUGCAUUGAAGUUGCAACGUCGCAAACCGUACAAGUCGUCGCUGCUGGCACUGCCGUGGAGGAUGCACAAUCAAUUGAACCAACGCCGACUCCCAAGACUCGUCGCGGGCGAGCUAGGAGAAGAGCUCGUCAUUCCCAGUCGCAAGAACCUCAUCACUCAAAUGUAAAGGUUGUUGUGUCAGUUAGUGGCUCGGAAGAUGCUCGACUCAAGGAAGAAAUGACCGAAGAUGAUCAGGGAGUGGAUGCAAGCUUAAGAGAGUAUCAAGCCGAAGCAGGGGAUUGUGAUGUGGCAAUGCAUGAAGCCGACGAGGUAAUCGAGCCGCAUGUUGCUGAUCAAGCGGAGUCUGAGCCUGAAAUGGCGCCUUUUCGAGCUGUGGUGGAUGAAACAGCAGAUGUUCAACCUGUUGAGCCGAGCAUCAUGUCCUCACUGCAAGGUGUCCUGGACAGACUCAAAUCUUCGACGGCUGGAGAUAUUGACCUACGGGAGGUGGAUGAUAUUUGCUUCCAGAUUCGGUUUCAAGCUCAGCUCAUCGCUCAGCGGUAAUGCUGCUUGAUCAUUGGGAUGCAGGGGAGCAUGAAAAGCCGCCGAGAUGGAAGGCGGGAUCUAUGGGACGGUUGGGCUGGUAGCAUCAUUACGUACAUUCACUCGUGCUGCUGAUUGUAUGAGAUGACUGUACUUCGUAG